AUGGCAAGACCUUCCGAGCGUGUUCUUGCGCUUAUAGCUACGAUGUUGGUCGUCGGAGUUGCAGCCGCUGCUCGGAGCGGCGGGAUGUUGGGUCGUGACAGUUCCGUCUCUGCUGAGAUUGGAUCCGAAACAUCGAAUGGCGGUGGAAAUGAUGGUCUUCGAGAGGAAAGGCUUGCUGAAUUGGAGUACACGCAAUCCACUGCCAUUGAAAUUGACCCUUCUCGAGCUACCAUUAACAAAGAACAACCAGAUUUGUGUUCAAGAAAAACUUUUCCAAAAGCAAUGGGUUCACAAAAAACUUCUUCGAUAGCGGGCUCUAACAAAGAGAUAGAAGAACAGUCAGAUGUGGCUUCAGCAAAAACUUUCCCAAAAGCAACGGGUGCAGGUGCUCCAAUAGUGUCUCAACAAGGGCUUAAGAAGAAAUAUCAGAAAAACAGAAAGCUUAUUGAAGUUGCACCUGAAACUUCUCCGAUAGCGGGUUCUAACAAGGAGAAAGAAAAACACUCAGAUGUGGCUUCAACAAAUUUCCCAAAAGCAAUGGGUGCAGGUGCUCCAACAAUGUCUCCACAAGGGCUUAAGAAAAAGUAUCACAAACACAGAAACCUUAUUGAAGUUGACCCUUCUCUAACAAUGCCUCAACAAGGGCUUAAGAAGAAGUAUAGCAAACACAGAAAGCUUAUUGGAGUUGCACCAGAAACUUCUCCAAUAGCAGGUUCUAACAAGGAGAUAGAUGAACAUUCAGACGCGGCUUCAGCAAAAGGUCACCCAAAAGCGAUGCAUGCAGGUGUUCCAACAAUGUCUCAACAAAGGCUUAAGAAGAAGCAUAACAAACGCAGAAAUCUUAUUGGAGUUGCAACAGAAACUUCUCCGAUAGCGGGUUCUAACAAGGAGAUAGAUGAACAUUCAGACGCGGCUUCAGCGAAAGGUCACCCAAGGAGAUAA